UUUAAUCACAACGUCCAGCGAAUAAGAAGCACAGAAAAUGGGUCACAAUGAACUGGACUUCUCGGCUAUACCAAAAUUGCAUGGACACGAAAAUUUUUGGCAAUGGCGUGUCCUUCUCCAUGCCUAUCUAGAGGCGAAUGAUCUAUGGAAACACGAUCUACCCAAAGAGAAUGCCCAUGCCAAAUUCAUUAUUUUGGCUACAGUACAUGGCGAUAAGAUUGAGCCCACUUAUGACAAUGAAACUUGCCAAAAUAUAUUUCAAAGCUUGCAAAGUCGAUUCGGCCCUUACAAUUGAGUAAAAAUUUUAAUAAAACCUUUGAAAUUAUAAUUUUUCAUUUCCACUAAAAUCAUCUUGAUACUU